GUAUAAAUCUGCUGUACGACAUUUUGUAUGAAACGAUGUCAUAUCACCAGGGUGGAAUGCCAGAUCAGCAAUUCCUUUGGGAUGUUUUUCAGAGAGUGGACAAGGAUAGAAGCGGUCACAUCUCAGCCGAUGAGCUACAAGUUGCCCUUUCUAAUGGUACAUGGUCUGCAUUUAACCCUGAAACGGUUCGUUUAAUGAUUGGAAUGUUCGAUCGCGAAAACAGAGGAACAGUAUCUUUUCAAGAUUUUGGAGCCCUGUGGAAAUAUGUGACGGAUUGGCAAAAUUGCUUUCGUUCAUUUGAUCGGGAUAAUUCUGGCAAUAUUGACAAAAAUGAACUAAAGACAGCACUAACUUCAUUUGGGUACCGUUUAUCUGACCACCUCGUCGACGUUUUACUUAGAAAAUUUGAUCGUUUUGGUCGAGGCACUAUUCUUUUUGAUGAUUUCAUACAGUGCUGUAUUGUUCUUUACACAUUAACAACUGCAUUCCGGCAACAUGAUACUGAUAUGGACGGCGUUAUAACAAUACAUUACGAGCAAUUUUUGAGUAUGGUUUUUUCUUUGAAAAUAUAAUGGUGUAUAUUAAAAAACUAUCAACUUAUUUAUAUAUAAAUUUUAAAGAACAUGAAAUGACUUGUGUAUAUUAAAUAGUGGAUGCUAUUUAUGAGAAAUAAACAAUAUUGUCUAAUUUA